AUGGAGAAUCUCAUCUCUAAUUGCUCUGGAUCGGAAAGUCAUCGCAACCUCGAUUCUAAGUCAUUUUCAAGGCUGAAGCCUGGGGCUCCGCAAUAUACAUGGCUCUCAGCAAGUUCCCUUGCAUCUCGCAAGGCUAUUGAAGACUCCUCUUACACCACAACUGCCCCACAAUCCCCGGGCGCACCUACUCCUCCAUCAGGGCAAGUGUCCUAUAAACCCUGUUUGGACAAGACUGGACUCGACACAGUGGAUUCGAAACUCAUCGAUCAGACAACCGAUAAAGUACAGCCGCAAAAUACAGAUCGGCGCUCAGAUAAAUGCAGAGACUGUAUUAUCAAAGCUGGCUCCGGGAAUAGGAAAAGAGCGCCCGACACGAGGAAGGCGCCCUGUGAGCCGCUGCACAGAAAGGUGGAGCACGCUAUCAAUAGUUAUGCAUUUGCUGGCUGUGCAACUCAGCUGUAUGGCAGCACAAUAGCAUGUCGCCGUCGCUUCUCCUUUAAUCACCAUGAUCAUGCAGAUACCACCGGUAACCCAUAUCGUCAGGCCUGA